AUGUCGGUCAUAACCAAUGAUGUUAUGUGCUUUGAAAUGCUUGUCACUGAUCCUUUCUGUAACAUAAAUUUAUUAGAUACCAGUGCUAAGUGCCAACAUCCUUUACAACUUGAUAAUAAAACGAAUACGUGUCAAGCUCAGUGCGAUUGGCCUUGGACUUGGGAUCGUUUUACUUAUCCAUCAGAAGCAGCGGCUAUUGCUGUCUUAGUUACGAGUAUUAUUGGCAUUGUCUCUAUGAUUUUUGUUAUUAGUACAUGGCUCUGUUCGAAAUCACUGCUUAAAUUUCCUCACUCUAUUCCGUUAUUUAUGAUGUUAUCGGUGACAUCUUAUACAAUCGUCAGUUCUUUACCGGCUGUCCUUGGUUACAGAGAAUCUUUCUGUGCAAGUCAAUAUUUAAAUUUAUAUGGAACUGACCAAGUAACAGCAUUUUGUCAAGCUCAAGGUGCUCUACUUCAUUAUCUAACAAUCUCAUUGGCAAUUUGGUGGUUGUUUUAUGUUGGCAAUAUGUAUUUUAUCGUUGUUCGCGGCAAUAAUUCUAUCUUAAACUCUCAAAAUACUUUGAUCAUUACACAAGUUUGUGAGAGUUUUGUUGCAUGGGGUAUUCCAGGAAUUUUGGUUGCUGUUGUUUUUGCGACACCUACUUCAUAUAAGCACAAUGCAGUAUUUAGCUUAGCUUGCUUUCCAGCCACGGUGAAUUAUUUCUAUUACGCUUAUUCACUUCCGUGCCAAAUUUGUCUACUUGUUGGUCAGGUUAUGCUUUGUGAAAUAGUUCGAUUUCUAUAUGAGCUACGUCGCUACACUAAAAAGACCAAUGUAUCUAGACCUUCAGGUGAAGAAGAUACCUUGAAGUUGAUACAAUAUCGUUUUGUCGCGCUAGCCUUUUGUUACUUGAUAAUCGUGACCACUUUUAUGGUUAUGACGACUAUAACCAUUCAAACUGCAGACGAUUACGUAAAGAUGGUCAAAAUAUACUUUCAGUGUUUAAGGUUAACAACCCGUGAACAGUGCCGUGAUUUUUUACCAAUUAGCAGAUUUAGUCAGCGAUCUCUGGGUAUUUUAAUUGGUAUAUCAAGUGGCGCGUUAUGCUUGACUAAUUUGAUCUUUCUAAUACCAAGUAAAGAAACUAGAAAAGUCUGGCGUCGAUGGUUUCGUCGAAUUACAUGUUCGAGUCAUGCCCAGGUGGAACCGCGCGAAAGGUCAGCGUAUCAAAAUCCACUGUUAAUUUAUGACAGUAAAGUUGUAUAG